UCACUUUUUCUUUAAUCCUUUUCUUUUCAUGAUAAUGCGAUCCAUUGUAGUCAUCGCAAUCUCUCUAUUUAUUUGUUCAGUCCAUGCCAUUAGCACCCCUACUACAGAUGAUAUGAAUACCUUGACUUCUCGUCGUAUUGAGCGUAUUUCCCAAGACAAUGCUGCCAAUAGUACUACGACAUUGAACAAAUGGAAAGCAACAUUCCAAUCAAACGGAACUUGGUCUGAUAUUAACAUGACAUCUGGCUGCGGAUCUAGAAUUGCAAAUUGGCCAGCUAUUGAACAUUUAGCUCGAGCAUUAUCUUUUGCCGUCUCCUACACAAAAACGUUAAGUGAUACAAUGCUCCAGAACUCACUAUCCGCUCUGGAUUACUGGUUCGAAAAUGACUUUACAGAGCACGACUGUAUAGAAAAUGGCGGAGUUGCUACAAAGAAUUGUCCUUGUGGGACACCUGGUUUAUGGAAUAAGAACUGGUACAACCAAUUAAUCGCUAUUCCUCGCCUGGUUGGCAAUACUUGCUUAUUGCUUCGGGAUCAACUGAGCGAGGAUCAAACAAAGAGUUGUAUCACCAUUCAGUCACGUGCUUUUGCUAAAGUUACUUCCUUGACUCAAGCUAUCAGUUCUUUGACAGGUGCAAACUUACUUGAUGUCUCUAAUGUGGGCGUAACUCUUUCCUUAUUUAAAAAAGAUACCGACUUACUUAAAACUGCACUGGAUGCAUUUUAUGACGGUGUCUCUAUUAGCAAGACUGUUGCUGGUGAUGGUAUCCAAGCUGACGGUUCAUUUAUUCAACAUGCAGGCAUUCUUUAUAACGCUAACUAUGGAAAGGACUAUAUCAAUGAUGUUUUAGCUGUCUUUACAGAGACAUUAGAUACAAACAUUGGCCCAAGUGAUUCAGCCCUAGAAGCCUUUAAAACUUUAAUGAGUGGUACCGAAUGGAUGAUUGUAGCUGACACAAAACUCAAGCAAAUCCUGUGGCAAUAUAGUGCCAUGGGCCGUAUGGUCUCCUUCAAGUAUGCUGACAAACAAUCCAGUGGCGGUGUUGCCAUCGACUUGGACAAGAUCAAACAGAGUGCCAAGGGCGCAGAUACGGAGGAACAAAUGGCCGAAAUCACAGACCGCUUAAAGGCUCCUUCUACAGAAGAUGCAAAUCAAGGCAAUCUUGUUGGUACUCGUUACUUUUAUAACUCUGAUUAUAUGGUCCAUCGUACACCUGACUAUGUUACUACUUUUAAGAUGUAUUCGAGCCGUACAAUUAACUCUGAAUGUCUCAACGUUCAAAAUUCCCUUGGCUUUCAUCUUAGUGAUGGUGCACUCUACAACUAUUUGAGUGGCGAUGAAUACUUGGAUACCUUUUCUGGAUGGAGCUGGGAGCUUGUACCCGGUACUACUGUUGAUAUUGAAGGUACACCUCUAAAGUGUUCUACUGUCAAAAACAAAGGCAAGAAGAAGUUCGUCGGUGGUGCCACAGAUGAAAAUAUGGGAAUCGCUGUCAUGGACUAUCUCAAUCCCAUCAAUGGUAAUUUGGCUUUUAAGAAGACAGUCUUUUUCUUCCCCAGUGGUUAUGCUAUUCAAAUAGGCCCUACUAUCUCCAAAAACACUACAGCACAAUUAGUUACUGUACUUGAUCAACGUCGUCGCAAUGGCGAUAUCUACGUGUCCGGAAAACUCAGAAAUACCCUCACCACUUAUUCCGUCCCUGAUACCAAUUACAUCUGGCAUGACAGUAUUGGUUAUUAUUUCCCUACUGCCGAAGAGGUUUAUGUCGACUCUAAGCCUAGAUAUUCAGACUGGAGUGCAAUUGGUAUUUCUGAAGGAAUCGAUCCUCAACAAUUGUGGACCUCCUAUAUCAAGCACCCUAAACGAAAUACAACAGGACUUUUAACUCAAUACAUUGUUCAACCUGGCAUUUCUGAAUCUACAUUCAAUUCCAACGCUGCUGAUGGAAAGGUCCCUAUUUCUUUGGCUUUUCACGCUAGCUCUCCCCAAGUCAAUGCCGCUUACAGUUCUGCUGAUAAAACUAUCGCAGCUGCUUUCUGGACAGCUGGUUCAUACCAAACGCCUUGGGAAUCGACUACCAUCCAAACAGAUAAACCUUGCGUUGUAUUGAUCCACCAAAUUGAUACCAACAAGUACAGAAUCACUGUUGCUGAACCAACACAAUCGCUGGCAUCUGUCAAGCUGACUCUUACGAUUGGUAAUACCACUCAAACCGCAACGUUCACUUUACCAACAGAAAAUAUGGCCGGAAGCACAGUUGUAAAAACACUUACUUUUUAAGCUGCAAUCAAUGUAUUUAGCACAAAAAAAACUUAAACCUUAGUAUAUAGAGCAUAUCUGCAUUUCUAAUUUUAAAUAAACAGUUGAGCAUCACAAAAAUUAAA